UUGGGCAACCUCCUGAAGGAAUAUUUGACGAUACUCAACGACAUCAGGAUGUUUAUGCCUGUCUAUGUAUACACCCUUUUGAUAGUGAUAAUAAUAAAAACCAACAUGGAUUGACAGGGAAAGCAGCUGAAUAUGCUGUUAAAAAGUAUAGAAAGCAUAGAACAAUUAAUGAAGAUAUUAUGAAUCGGGUUAAUGAACUUUUAAAAUGA